GGAAGACAAGCUUUGGAGUUAGACGAAGGUUUAGGACACAGCCGAUAGCUCAGCAAUGGCUCCCAGUUUGGGACACGCGGGCGAGUUUGAGCGAGCACGGAGGUGUGGCCGACUUCCUUGGGAUGAGAAACGCUUCAUUUCCCGCCACUGUAGCUGGUGCUGGAGGGAAUGGCAUGUGUGGAGCAGGGCACCUAUCUUCGUUUCUUGAGACCCUGAUGUCUGACAAGAAUCCGAGUCUUCAUUGCUGACGAACAGAAAGUGUCCAGAUGGGACCUCUGUUACACGUUGUUUUUGCUUCUUGAAGAAACUCAUUGUGCUGCCUGACUGGUCAUGACGGGAAGCCUAUCCUCCCUUUGCUGUACUCCUGUUUACCAUCAGAAAUGAGCCGUCAGACUGCUACAGCACUGCCUACUGGUACUUCAAAGUGUACACCAUCCCAGAGGGUGCCUGCGCUGACUGGCACAACUGCAUCCAACAAUGACUUGGCGAGUCUUUUUGAGUGUCCAGUCUGCUUUGACUAUGUGUUACCACCCAUUCUUCAGUGUCAGAGUGGCCAUCUUGUUUGUAGCAACUGUCGUCCAAAGCUCACAUGCUGUCCAACUUGCCGGGGCCCAUUGGGAUCCAUUCGCAACUUGGCUAUGGAGAAAGUGGCCAAUUCAGUACUCUUCCCUUGUAAAUAUGCCUCUUCUGGAUGUGAAAUAACUCUGCCUCACACAGAAAAAGCAGACCACGAAGAACUCUGUGAGUUUAGGCCUUAUUCCUGUCCGUGCCCUGGUGCUUCCUGUAAAUGGCAAGGUUCUUUGGAUGCUGUCAUGCCCCAUCUGAUGCAUCAGCAUAAGUCCAUUACAACUCUACAGGGAGAGGAUAUAGUUUUCCUUGCCACAGACAUUAAUCUUCCUGGUGCUGUUGACUGGGUGAUGAUGCAGUCCUGUUUUGGCUUUCACUUCAUGUUAGUCUUGGAGAAACAGGAAAAAUAUGAUGGCCACCAGCAGUUCUUCGCAAUUGUACAGCUGAUAGGAACACGCAAGCAAGCAGAAAAUUUUGCUUAUCGACUUGAGCUAAAUGGUCAUAGGCGGCGAUUGACUUGGGAAGCGACUCCUCGAUCUAUUCACGAGGGCAUUGCAACAGCCAUUAUGAAUAGUGACUGCCUAGUCUUUGACACCAGCAUUGCACAGCUUUUUGCAGAAAAUGGCAACUUAGGCAUUAAUGUAACUAUUUCCAUGUGUUGAAAUGACAGUCAAACAUUUUAAACAUUCUGGCCAGUGUUUAAAACCAUUGCAUUCAGUUAUGACAGAGAAUAAGGCACCGAGCAGCCUGCCAGCCUGAAACUGUUUUGGUAGGUGGAAGCUAGAUACAUGAAGGUAAAUAAAAGAGGUAGGCUAUUAAUUACAGGAAACAGUUGCAUGUAGUAAUGCUAAUAUAUUUAAAAAUAAGUCAACAGUAAACCACUGAAAAACAAAAUAUAUAUAUAUAUACUCCCAAAAUGGGCAUCUUUUGUAUUAAGAAAGUUGAUUCUGCAGGAAGCAUUGUAAAAUAAUUCUGAAUUUGUGUUUGUUGUAGAUUGAUUGUACUGUUGGAAAACUUAAAAAAAAUUUUUUUUGAUGUGUGCGCGUGCAUGUGUGUAUGUGUGUUUUUUUCUCUCCUUUUAACUGACAAGCCAUGUGGAGUGGUCGUGGACCACUGCUUUCCGAGCCCUUUGUGAGUCACUACAUAGUGCUGCUGGUUUUGUUUUGUUUUUUUGGGGGGGCCUGUUUGUUAAUUUUUAUUAAUUUUAGUUUUUCAUUAAAUAAAUUUGACUUUUCUGUAAUUCAGGUUUUUUCCCCUCACUUUUGUACCUUUUAAAAGUUAGUGUCUUUUUGAUAUGCAUAAUUGUUUAUGGUGAAGUUUCUACAUAUGUGUUUGAUUCUUUUCCCCAUUAAUCAGUUCAUUAGAAAUACUUUAAAUUUAGCUAUUUUAUGAAGACUUCAGAAAGGAAAUAUAACAUUGGAAGAACUAUCAAAAGCUAUUUAAAGCAGCUGUAAAAUAGUUUCAGUCUCUUUUUCAUUUGAGUCAUACCUUCAAAUUUAUGAUUUGAAAGGGUAGGGAAUGAAUUGAUUUUUAAAAAAAGAUGGAAAAAAAUCAGCUGUCUCCCCACCCCUCACAAGUAUCUUGGCUAAAUCAUAAAUUUAAAAUUUGUUCUUCUAUUUAUUGGUUUUGCAAAGAAGGCAUCGUCUUACACAGUAUUUGUAAUUAAAAGCAAAUAAUUUGUUUAAAAAGACAGUUUGCAAAAAAAGUUUUUGUCUUUUAUAAUUCUCAUUAAAAGAAUAUCUGGCAAAUUAAAAACUCAAUGUGUCUGCUUUAAUUCUAAGUUUGAUGAAAAUCCAAAGUUAUUUUCCUUUUCCAUUCUGUACCCUGACCAUAUCGCAGAAAGUAACGCACCAUUCUCUUGGAGAGAGAUUCUAAAGCUCAAGCAUGUGCUAAGACCGGUGGUUGGAUCUCAGUCAUCUUUGUUUCUUUUUUCCCCACCAACUCUUUAUUAGAAUGUCUAAUUAAAAUGCUGUCUGUCUGUC